GUAGUAAUUACAGUUACAUCAUGGAGUUAGGAGCCAGCGUCAUCAGCUUAAGGCAUCCACGAGAAGAAGACCAAGAAGAGGAACAAGAAGAAAAUUUAGUUGCCAACAGUAAAUCUCUAAAUGUAAAAGAAGACUCAAGUUUAAGAUGCCUCCUACCCCAAAUUCUAGCAUCACUUGCAGCAGCUGCAUUUCAUAUUGGAAAUGGAACAUCGAUGGCGUAUUCUGCGGUACUCAUUUCACAAUUGGAGGAAGACGGUAGCGAUUUUAAAGCAACGAAAUCAGAAAAUGCCUUUAUGGCUAGCAUUAUCAUCCUAAUAGCCCCUUUUGCAUCAAUCGCUAGCGGUGUGUUAAUGGACAAAUUCGGUCGGCUAAAUACGAUAAAACUUGCAAUAGUGCCUGGCGUUUUGGGUUGGGUAGCGCUUGCGUUGGCUCCUAACAUGAAGAUAAUUAUUAUGGGCAGGAUAUUAACUGGAAUUGCAUCAUCCUGGGGUACGAAUCCUGCUAUUGUCUACAUCACCGAAAUUGCUCAUCCAAAAUUAAGAAUGUCGCUUAUGCAACUAUCACCAACUUACGUGUCACUAGGCAUGAUUUUUGUAUAUCUGGGAGGAAUGUAUACAACUUGGAGAAUGGUGGCUUGGUUUAGUAAUAUAUUAAUUAUAGUACCCGUCAUAUUCGUAUUCUUUAUACCCGAAAGUCCAAUGUGGUUGAUAUUAAAAGGACGAACGAAAGAGGCUAAAAAGUCGUUGGAAUGGUUAAACAAAAAGCAACCACAGCCCGAAGGAAAAAAUGAAACAUUUGCUGAAAUCCAAUUCAAAGUGCUCAAAAAACAGCACGAAGAAGCAGAAGCUAAAAGCAAAAACAAAGGAAGUUUUAAGGAUAUUUUACAGGAAUUCCUGAAACCAACGGGAUACAAACCACUUAUCAUAAUGUGUCCUUUAUUUUUCUGUCAACACUUUUCAGGAAUAUACAUCACAAUGUUUUACUCGAUUACUUUUAUAAAGGAAGCAGGAACAGAUUUAAAUGCCUAUUUUGUAUCUGCGUUGAUUGGUGUAGUUCGAUUUAUUAUGGCCAGUUCUAAUGUCGUUUUGCUAAAAUAUUUAAGCAGAAGAACAGCUUUAAUAUCUAGCUGUGCCGGAAUGGCUCUUUUUAUGUAUAUUUCUGGACAAUACACUUUGUGGAUUCAAGAAGAUGUUACAACAGCCAAAUGGGUCCCUGUAGUAUCACUGUUAAUGUAUGUUGUUUGUUCAGUUAACGGACUGAUGUAUUUACCUUUUAUGGUUAUAUCAGAGCUGUUUCCAGUGAAAAUAAGAGGAGUUGGAUACACUAUAGGUUACAGUAUGUCUAUGGUAUUCAUGUUUGCUGCCCUGCAAGGUUAUUACUGGCUAUACGACGUUUUAGGUGGCAUAGCACACUUACAGUGGUUCUUCUCAGUAGUAUGCGCAGCAGGUCUAGUGUACUCCUAUAUAUUUAUGCCAGAGACAAAAGGAAAGAAGCUCUCAGAAAUAUCCAACAAUUUCAAAAAAGGGUGGCUGUACAUAGGAAAAAAUCACGAUGACGAUAAUAUAUCAAGGAGAAGUACUGUAUGAGAAUUUUUACAGAAUAAAGCCAAUUUAAAAUAUUAUAUAUUUUAAGUAAAGUAAAUUUAUUUUUGUACAUAUCUUACAUCCUGUCUAAUAAUAAUAUGAGGAAAAUAGGGGCUUUAGACAUAAAAAUUAACAACAUUGGUUAGCUCUUUCCUCAUUUUUAUUAUGUAAUAUAUAUUUAUAUAAUGUA